AUGCACCGUUUGAAAUGGUCCCUGAGAAACCAGCUUGACUUUUCCUAUUUCAAAGACAGGCCUGAAUUCCGGGAUGAGUUUGGCGGUGGCAUCUACGGGCGGCCGGAGGAUUUGAUAAGUGAGCGGUCCCACACGCCAAGGAGCUUUUUUAAUGAUUUGGAUACGCCGGCUUCCUCGCGAUCGCCAUCGCCUGUUCGUGCCUCACGGCUGAGCAUUGGCGGCGGAGAAGUGCCGGAAGAUGGAACAAACCCUCAUGGGCACGCGAGGACGCCUGAGAGCAAGACUAUGCCGGUAGUUCCUAGAAUGGCACGGCCCCCUUUGAGUCGGCAGGGGACGUCGGAGGGCCAGAUACGGCCGUUCUACAACAUGUCGAAUAACGAGAGCGAAAAUCACCUUCUCAACAACAUCGAGACUCCACCUGUUCGAUCAUCCACUGAUAUUGCGUCGUAUGAUCGAUGGGGGUCGAAUCGUACUGGUACUUCUCAUGGACCACCUGCGACGCGCCGGGGUCAUGAAGAUACGUCUUAUGAGGAGUAUCGUGGCGUACUGUAUUAA